UACUUAAGCGGAAACGACAGUGGUCGUAAACCGGAAGAACCUCGUUGUUGGUCGUCCUUUUCCAUUUGUGGCUGCCAGCAUGUCGCAUCGUAAGUUCUCGGCACCACGUCACGGUUCAAAGGGCUUUUUGCCCAAGAAGAGAAGUAGUAGACAACGUGGCAAAGUCAAGUCCUUCCCUAAGGAUGACAAGAGCAAACCUGUUCACCUGACAACCUUUUUGACGUAUAAGGCUGGCAUGACCCACAUUGUCCGCGAGGUCGACAGACCCGGUUCCAAAACCAAUAAGAAGGAAGUUGUGGAGGCUGUCACCAUCCUUGAGGCACCACCAAUGGUUAUUGCUGGUGUCACAGGAUACAUUGAAACGCCCCAUGGACUGAGAACCCUGAAGACUAUCUGGGCUGAACACCUCAGUGAGGAGUGCAGACGCCGAUUCUACAAGAACUGGUCUCGAUCCAAGAAGAAGGCAUUCACCAAGAGCAACAAGAAGUGGCAGGAUGAAGCUGGCAAGAAGGAAAUUGACCGGGACUUCGGCAAGCUGAAGAAAUAUUGCACCAUCAUCCGUGUCAUUGCACACACCCAGACUAAGCUGCUCCGAAAACGCCAGAAGAAGGCUCAUUUGAUGGAGAUUCAGCUAAAUGGAGGCAGUAUUGCCGACAAAGUUGACUGGGCCCGUGAACACCUGGAGAAGCCUGUUCCUGUCAGUGCUGUGUUCGAACAGGAUGAGGUCAUUGAUAUCAUCGGCGUCACCAAGGGUAGAGGAGUGAAGGGUGUGACUUCCCGUUGGCACUGUAAGAAACUGCCCAGGAAGACUCACAAGGGUCUGAGGAAGGUGGCCUGUAUUGGAGCGUGGCAUCCCAGCAGAGUUCAGUACACUGUGGCCAGGGCCGGUCAGAAGGGCUAUCACCACCGUACUGAGAGGAACAAGAAGAUCUACCGCCUGGGUGCAGGCAUCCACACCAAGGAUGGCAAGGUUAUUAAGAAUAAUGCUGCUACUGACUUUGAUCCCACUGAGAAGACCAUAACACCAAUGGGUGGCUUCCCUCACUAUGGUGAAGUAAGGAAUGACUUUGUGAUGAUCAAGGGAUGCUGUGUUGGACCCAAGAAGAGGCCGCUCACUCUGCGAAAAUCCCUGAUCACCCAUUUCAAGAAGCGCUUCAUGGAGAAGAUUACCCUCAAGUUUGUGGACACCGCCAGCAAGUGGGGCCAUGGACGUUUCCAGACCCAGGAGGAGAGAAGGAACUUCAUGGGCCCGCUCAAGAAGGAGCUGGAAAGGAAAAUCUAAGCAAGUCGUUCUUCUCCUGUAUUUCCUUUGGAAAUAAAUUCAUGGAAGCUAAA